AAGAAGGGGAAGUCCGUCCAGCUCCCCCUCCUUCACUAUUCAUCCAUCAUCUUCUGAUCUUCUGUACUCACUGUUCAUCAAUUCUGUGCUCAGGCUCAUUGACUUGCUUGGUGUUGUCAACCAAAUCUGCACAGCAACAAACUUUCAGGUGUCACCUUUACAGCACUUGCGAGUAAUCGAUUGUGCAAUACAUAAUACCAGCUAGCUAGAGAGCCAACACAAGAUGCAACGACCGAAUGGACGAGACGACUAUGAUGUGGACGAGAUGAUUGCCGUUCUCGAGGGCGAAGCCGAUGUGGACUUGUACGACGACGACUACUACAAGUCUGGUGCCCAAAAGGAGGAGGAUGUCGAUGACUACAGUUCCAUGACGGGUCUUCCUACUUUACAGCCAGCAACAGCUACAAACGAUGAAGAAAAAUCAGAAGAAGAUCUGCGUGCCUCCCAAGCCGCCAUGAAACAGGACAUGGAAAAGAUGCAACGGCAAAUGUACCGCUUCAUGAGAGCCAGCAUGCGAGCUUCUUCGAACAGAGGCAUUAUGGGUGGUUCGAGCAGCAAACGAUCGCAGCGGCGCAUGGAAACGGCACAGGGUGAAGACGAUAGUCUCUUGCUCCGCGAAGAAGAAACCGAGUCGGGAGUCUCUGGAAUGGAUCUACUGCCCAUUGUCGAGUCGUCCACAACGCGUGACACAGAAGUUCCCGUGGAAGAAGAAGGAGACCGUCGCGCUGCCUACCGUCGUCUAUCGAGUUUCUUUCAUCGACUCCAACGUCGUGAUGGUGGAGUCGGCGAUGGAGGAGUUGGAGAAGAAGUUUCGGAAUCACGACCAUCCAUCAUGUACGGUCGCUCCAGUGCCGACAAGGCAUUCAGCAAAACAUUGCUCAACUUUUUUGGACGAAACUACGCUGACGAAGAUGACGACUUUAUGGAUCAACUUCCACAAGAUUCUUUUAGUCUUCUCAUGACAUCGCCACUCUGUUCCAUUUCCUUUGCCGCCGCAUUCAUGGUCUACGCCGUCCAAGUCUGUACCUUCUUUCUCAUGUUAUCCAAUCUACUCGAAAAGAGCAGUGAUCCCGGCAAUCCACUCGGUGUUCCCGCCAAUGUCACACCCGCCGUCCGAGUCACACAGGUCAUUCUACUCACCAUUACGGCACUCUCCCAAGAUGCCAUUCGAACCGGCAUUGCACUCUUUUUCAAGGGAUACACCAAUCCACUCGAAGCGGCAUUUUCUCCCUAUCUGAGUUGCUUCAAAUUUGUACUCGUCAAUUUACUCCGCAUUGCCGAAGGAGGCUGUGGAUUGGUUGUGACCUUUUUACUCGUCUUUGAUUCCGAAUCCGUCAUUGACUUGUUGCUCAACUUUACCGCCGUCGAAUUCAUUUCUCAAUUGGAUGAAAUCUUUUUUGGAUUGGCCGCCCAAGGAUUUUUAGGCCGGCAUAUUAAAGAACAAGCCGGAACAGUCAAGGAUACCAAAUAUGCGGCCCAUACGGUGAUGAGAGAUCCCCACAAUCCCAGUGCUGGAAAAGAACGCCGAGGCGUACGGUUGCAUCUCAUCUUGUUGGUCACGUGGUUGGCACUCAUGGCGGCAUGGGUAUUCCUCAUGGUCAAUCAGACCAAUGGAAAGUAUCAGUGUCAAUCCUUGACCAUUCAAUUUGAAGAUGAUUUUGUCAGUUCGUUGGGAGCAUUUAGUGGCAUUUAUGAUAUUGACUCCUCCAAGAGUAUCCCCUUUCAGAGUGAUCGGGUGCGAUACAUUGAUCGCAUGUCGGGAAAGGCGGUAUUUGCCUAUUGUGUCAAUCUGCAAGCGUGGACAUUUAGUUUUGCAGAAGAUGGAGACUUUCCAGAUCCUUGUACGGACUGGGUUGCACAUGCCGAUGUUUCCAAGACAUUUGAUAUUCUAGAGACUCAAUCUCACGAUUGGACCGUUCGCAACCCCGAGAAUCAGGAAAUCACCAUUGGGCAUUUCUACAUGAAGUGCGUGGACUGUGACCAAUCGGAUGAGUGGUCAGGGGAAUGCAAUGGACACGGCACGUGCUCGAAUGCUAUUUGUCAAUGUGAUGAAGGCAGGUACGGGAUGAGAUGCGAGUUCCUCGCGCCGUGCACGAGACUGGAAAUGGACGUUCGAUUUGACGGAUUUGUGGAUGAGCGAGAAUGGUCCAGAAACUAUGAAUUGUUUGUGGUUGACGGAGAAGAGAUUUAUGCAUACAGUCGCCCAGUGUACGUGAAUGAGCCCAAACCAGGACAGUUUGACGUUGUCGCCUUUACCGGAAGAAGAUGGAUGGCGACACACACGGAUGCGCUCCUCAGCGCAAAUGUGACUGCAGUGGAGGAUCCAAUGGAACGAAAGCGCCGAUUGGGCAAGUACUUUUCGGAUCACUUCCAUGCAUAUUGGUCUGACUUUGCCGCCACCUUCAUUACAGCGCCAAUGGACAUUGGCACGGAAUAUGAUUCUGCGACACCAGUGGAGCUUGAGUGGCACGUGGCAAAGGCCAAAGACUUGGCGCAUCCCCACGAGGUGCAAUUUGUCGAUCGUUCCGUUGCUCCACUGGAUGGGGUGUUCCUGUGUAGUGUUUGCCACAAUGAGACCAACCCCUGUUUGAACGAUGGGACUUGUGUCGAUGGGCAGUGUGAAUGCCUGAUUGGUUCCAGAGGAAGCGUCUGUCAAAUCCCGCCGACAGGGAAUGGGCGCUGUGACCCACAGUUUGAUAUACCCAGGUACAAUUAUGACGGUGGGGAUUGCUGCGAAUCCACUUGCACCAGCGGCGAUGUAUAUCAUUGCGGAAAGGACGAGACAGGCUUCGUUGACCUUGGCUACUUCUUUUGCAUUCAUGAAGCUGACGAGUGGCAUUUGAAUCGAGCAAGCUUUCACGAUAUUUCAGUGGAGUCCAGAUAUUCAAUGGCCUUGUCAGCAGAUGGGCACAUGAUGGUAUUGGGAAAACCAACCGCCGGUCAAGUAUCCUUGUAUGAUGCUGACGGGUCCGAGUGGGUGAGACGGGGCCGUGUACUGGAGGGUCCCCUUGGGUCACAAUUUGGCGCCCACGUGGCCAUGUCCAAGGGAUUGAACAACACCGUACGUAACUUUUUGCAUGUUGAUCCAGUGCGGAUCGCUGUAAGUGGCCGUCAUCGAACAGAAGGAUUCGUCCGUAUGUAUGAGUGCUUGACGGAGGGAUGCUCUCAAAGCGGAGAGGACAUAAUCUUUCAAGGGCUCCAAAGAGAUUCUCGUACCGUUCAGGACGUUUCCAGCGAUGGUAACAUUCUGGCCUUUGGAGGAUUCAAUGCCACGAAAAACUCAACAACAAUUCGAUUCUACCACUAUGAAGAAGCUGUAGACGCCUGGAGUCCUCAGGGAAUCACCGAACUUGAGUUUGAGGGCGACGCCUAUGCGCUUCAUCUCUCUGGUGCGUUUGACACCGUAGCAAUCCGCAGCCUUUCCAUUUGGGAAGCACAGGGCAUUGACGAGUAUCACAGGAACUUUGAAGCCACGGAUGCAAAGGCUGUAUUCCAUUAUGAUAGCCAAUCCAACAGUUGGGAACAGAUUGGGCACACUAUCUAUCACCACGUCGAUGGUGCGGGAAACUCAAACAACCCAGACGACUUUCACAUGCUGGGCACUAGACAUCGAUUGUCAGAAUUCCUUCAUGGCUCGGACUCGAUUGCCAUUAGCGCGGACGGGCUUGUGAUGGCUGCUGGCUUCCCGUUCAGCACAGAAGACCCCGGAGUUCAUGUCUACGAGUUUGACCCGGUUGUUAGGGAAUGGGUCGACCGGGGCCAUACCAUCAAGAACAAGUUGGCAGAUGGAUUCAAAGGAUGGAGUGUUGCUUUGUCUGGCGACGGCGAGGCUGUCGUUGUGGGCACAGGAGGAGACGCUACGGCAACCAACACUUAUUUUUGGGAUGGCCACGACUGGGUUGAAUAUGGUCACAGUCUCAGCGGGGGAGAGUUGAGUUCAAUGGCGCUCUCCGUGGAUGGUUCCGUGCUGGCUGUGGCGGGUGACACGAUCAAUGUCUUCCAUCGCAAUAUCGAGACACACUGCGCCCCUGACAAGAAAUGGUUUCACUUGUCCUUGACUUUGGACGCGCAUCCCGAGGACACGCGAUGGGAGCUGAUAUCCAAUACAACGGGUGAACAGUUCCUAUCGGGUGGCCCGUACAUUGGCAAUCCACAUGGCUUCCCGUACGGCGACGCUUACGAACGGUCGACGAUUGUUGUGGAAACAUGUGUCCCUCGAGACGAUUGCAUAGUCUUUUCCCUCUACGACAAACUGGAUCCCAUGACGGACUACUUUAGAACUCCCGAUGGAAUGCUUUCCCCUAGUGUUUACUUAAUGUCGGUGGAUGGUGUGGAAGUGGCCACAAGACGUCUGGACCAAGCCUGCGAUCACUAUUACAUUGGCGACUCUUGUAACGUCUGCCCCGAAGGGUUUCACGCCCUCAAAGUUCUGGUGCGGACAUGUGUCCCAUACUUCUUUACCCUCCAAGAAGCCACCGCGGGGCAAGUAUUGGUGGGCGACAACUCGGAUCAGUUUAGCAGUGAUGGUUUCGUUUCCUACAUUCGCGAUGGCACGUGUCAGAAUUUGGGCUUGGAAGUGCACUCGUACUGGGAAGAAUCCUGCGUUCAUGUGGCCGAUUUGGAGCACGAUUGCUUUGCAUUUGAUCUCGGUGCCCACCCCAAUUGGCCCGUUGUCAAUCCCAACAAUAGUGGUAAUGAAACGGAACUGGACCACGCCCACCGCAACACGGAAGUUGUGAUCAUCUUUGACGACCAACAGAUCAAUGUGGAUCUGGCUUUGGUUGGCUCAAUGGAUGCCGGUCCACCUUCCGAAAUUCACUUUACGUUUGGAGGUGCUUGUCCAGGCGACAGCACUGGUGGUCCAGCCCACAAGUAGUCGUAAUG